AUGCCGGUGUCACACGAUUUUACUUAUCCGUCAGUAACGGAAAUUCGACAUAAAAAUCUUCGUUUUCUUAUUACCGAUAGUCCAGAUGAUGAGAAUAUGCAAUUAUUUAUUGAAACUUAUGUAAAAUAUAAUGUUACAGCAGUAGUACGAGCUUCAGAAAAAACUUACGAUCCUAAACCAAUUGAAACAGCCGGAAUUAAAUUUUAUGAUGUGGAAUAUCCAGAUGGAAGUGCACCGGAUUCUCUUGUUCGUCAGAAAUGGCUCCGCAUCGCUAAAGAGAAUAAAAAUGGUUGUAUAGCUGUGCAUUGUGUUCAUGGUCUUGGCCGCUCGCCUGUUCUUGUCGCAAUGGCUCUAUGUGAAGCAGGCAUGAGUCGACAAGAAUCAAUUGAUUUGGUUCGCACGCGUCGACGCGGUUCAUUUAAUAUACGUCAAUUAGAAUUUCUACAAAAUUAUCAUUCAGCUCAUCUUCUAGUGCGUAAACAUCCCGGCUGUCUCAUCAUGUAG